AUGAAAUUCCUCGCCACCACCACCGCCGCCUCCGCAGGAGUGGCCGUCUUCCUGUCCCUCUCCCUCUCCGCGUCUCUAGCCUCAGCAGCAGCUAUCGGCGACCCAUCCGGCCUAUCAGCAAUCGCCAACACAUUCUCUCUCGGCGCGCGUGGCCUGAAGAAGAUGGACGGCAAGUGCACUUCCAGCGGCGGGUGCAAGGUGCCGGGGGGGCUGCACUCGGCGUACCCCUGCUGGAACUCGAUCUGUAACGUCACGACCCACAAUGCUGGCGCCGUGGGACCCGACAAAGGCAAGAACUGCACCAUCGCACCCGGCAUGGGCGGCGCGUGGGUCGCAAAGUGUCCGACCAACCUGCUCCCGUAUGAGUGGGAGUGGCCGUGGGUGCCGCCCAGGAAGGAUGACGGUAAGGGCAAGGGUGAUUCUGGGAAGGACUGA